UUCUUAGCUCUUCUUUUUUUCUCUCACCUCAGUCACCUGUCUUGUCUCACUGUCUUUUUCUCAAGUGCUCUUAACCCUUCCCCCACUGCCUUCGAAACAAACUUUGCAGGCUUUGCUGUCAGAAACAAACAACCCUCUCUCUCUCUCUCUCCCUCUCCACCACCCUCUAUUUUCUCUCUCCAACACAGGUAGGUAUCUGCCAAAGAUAUAAAGGAACCCGCAGAGGACACUGCUAAAGCUUUUUACAAACUUGGUCUUUACACGUCCAACACACCUAACGAAGUUAAUUAGCCACCACACUCACACACUAAGCCAAACUUAAUACUAGUAAGUAGCAAGUCUCUCUCUCUCUCUCUCUCUCUCUCUCUCUCUCUCUCCAUGGACUUCCAUCUGAAGGAAUGGAGAAACCAGCAUGAGUCAGAGGAACAACAACAUUCUACAAAGAUGCCAAAACUUCUCCCUGAAUCCCAUCAUCAACAGCCAUCUGCCACUGCACUCCCUUUGUUUGUACCUGAACCCAACAGCAGCAGCAAAGUCAGCACCCUGUCAGAUUCAACAUUAGCAGCUGAAACUGAAACAAUGACCACUACAACCACUAACAGAUUAUUUCCCAGGAUGGGGAGCUACUUCAGCUUGUCUCAGUGGCAGGAGCUUGAGUUGCAGGCUUUGAUAUUCAGGUACAUGUUGGCUGGUGCUGCUGUUCCUCCUGAACUCCUUCAACCAAUCAAGAAAAGCCUUCUUCAUUCCCCUCACUAUUUCCUCCAUCACCCUCUCCAACAUUACCAACCUGCUGCUUUGUUGCAAUCAGGGUAUUGGGGUAGAGGAGCGAUGGAUCCGGAGCCAGGGCGGUGCCGGAGAACCGACGGCAAGAAAUGGCGGUGCUCGAGGGACGUGGUGGCUGGGCAAAAGUACUGUGAGCGCCACAUGCAUCGUGGAAGAAACCGUUCAAGAAAGCCUGUGGAACUACCCACACCAACUAGUGCUAAUAAUUGUGAUGGUGGAUCUCUAGGACUAGGUGCUUCUUCAUCUUCCAUUUCUUCACCACCCCUAGCUUCUGCUUCACUCAAAUCCCCAUUUGAUCUUCUUCGUCUUAAUGAACGUUCCUCUGGGACCAAGAAUGAAGACGAAGACCAUGUGGGUGGGGAUGGCAGAUCAGGUGGAGGGGGUGGCCAUAUGCUGAGGCAUUUCUUCGAUGAUUGGCCACGAUCACUGCAAGACUCUGACAACGUUGAAAACAAUGCUGCUGGCCCUAGCCUCUCUAUUUCAAUGCCCGGAAAUGCUGCUGCUGCUUCCUCGGAUGUGUCAUUGAAAUUGUCCACGGGCUAUGGAGAGGACCCAGGCCCAAGAAAUGAGAAUGUGGGCCUCGUGGCAGAGCAGCUGCAGUUGAAUUGGGCCGGAGGAUGGGCCUCGUCUAAUCAAGUGGCUUCCAUGGGAGGACCACUGGCCGAGGCACUCAGAUCAUCUAUUUCAACUUCAUCUCCCACUAGUGUUUUGCAUCACUUGCCUCGUGGUUCUGGAUCUGAGACCAGCAUUAUUAGCACCUGAACUUAGUUUGUAGGUGCCCCCAAUUAAUUUUCUCUUUUUUGUUUUGAGGUUAAGUUCCACUUUUAGAGCAUUCUUGGACAACGGUUAUGUUCAUAUCAAACCUCUGGACUACUUUUGUUUCUAAGUGGGCGAUGAAAGGAUAUGGUCGGUUCCUGGUUGCAUUUAAUUCGUAAUACUGGGUUUUGCCCAUUAACAACA